UCUCUUUCUCGUGCUUUUGCUACAUAAGUUGUAUCCUGAGGACAAUAAAGUGAGACCUUGACAAGAACUUGCUUGGUCUCGCUCUUCUUUCUCCCCCGUUUCUCUUUCAGGCUGGGUUCUCCUCGACCCCCCCCCAAUAACUGAGUCCCGCGGGACUGGACAAAGACCCUCAUGCUUUCCUUGUGAAGAAGGUGGAGAGCGGUGGUUUGGAUGCACAAGAUGUUAUCAUCAAGUAUGGAGGAAAAAGCAGCACUGAAGAAGAGACUCGGGGUCCUGAAGGAUCUUGACAUUUUAAUAAGUGUUCUAAGUCAACCAUGAUGUCGACAGCCAAUAGAGAGAAGAGACUGAGACAUUCAUCUGGAACCAGGGAAUCAUUGACAUUCAAGGAUGUGGCCGUGGACUUCACUCCAGGGGAGUGGGGCUACCUGGACCCUUCUGAGAAGGAGCUGUACAGGGAUGUGAUGCUGGAGAAUUAUGGGCACCUGGUCUAUCUGGGACUUGCUGCUUCCAAGCCAGACGUGAUCUAUCACUUGGAGAGAGGGGACCCUCCUUGGAAACCAGUGAUUAAGGUCCCACGUACCAGUUUUCCAGAUGGUGAAACUAGGUUGGAAACCAUGGAAACAUCUAUAAAGGAGAGCAUUUCUCUGGAGACAUUUUCUCAGAAAAAUGUCAAAAGUGCUAGUAUGUUGACCUCCAGCUGGAAAGAAGCCUGGAAACAUGGUGUCAGUGUGGGCAAACAUCAGGGCUCUAAGGAAGAACAUUCUUGGAUUGACAGAAGAGAGAACACUUGUAAAUAUCUUAAAUAUGGCGAGGACUUCAAAGGAAGCAAUGAAUUUACAAAGGAUCCCCAAAUUCAUACUGGGGAGAAAACUUCUGAGUGUCAUAGGGAUGGAAAGCAGUUUCCGUGGGCAGCUCUUUCUCAUUCAGGAGAGAAAUCUCAUCAACAUCAUGAAUGUGGGAAGGCUUUCCACAAGAAGCCAGAACUCACUGAAAAUCGGAGAAUCCGUACCAGGAAGAAACAUUAUCAAUGUAGUGAAUGUGGGAUGGCCUUCCCGAGGAAACAACUUCUUACUGAACAUCAGAGAACCCAUUCCAGGGAGAAAUCAUAUAAAUGUCCUAAGUGUGGAAAGGUCUUCUUCCUGAAGACGCGUUUUACUAAACACAUGAGAGUUCAUACUGGAGAAAAGCCUUUUAUUUGUAAUGAAUGUGGGAAGGCAUUCAGCAGCAAAAAAGGUCUUACCCAGCAUAUGAAAAUUCAUGCCGCAGAUAAACCUUACGAAUGUCCUGAAUGUGGGAAGUCCUUCUACAAAAAGGCACAUUUUAACUCCCACGUGAGAAAACAUACUGGAGAGAGACCUUUUAAUUGUGAUGAAUGUGGGAAAACUUUCAUAUUUAAGUCAUCUCUAAUCCACCAUAUGAAGAUUCAUACUGGAGAUAAACCUUACGAAUGUCCUCUAUGUGGGAAGCCCUUCUACAAAAAGGCACAGAUUAGUCCACAUAUGAGAAUUCAUACGGGGGAGAGACCUUAUAAUUGUAAAGAUUGCGGGAAAAACUUCAAGUUUAAGUCGUCUCUAACCCAGCAUGUGAGGAUUCAUACUGGAGAGAAGCCUUAUGAAUGUUCUGAAUGUGCCAUGGCUUUCUACCGAAGGGCGUAUCUUAUUCACCAUAUGAGAGGCCAUACUGGAGAGAAACCUUUUAUUUGUAACGAAUGUGGGAAAACGUUCAUGUUGAAGUCAUCUCUGACAUUGCAUGUGAGGAUUCACACCGGAGAGAAACCUUACGAGUGUUCUGAAUGUGCAAAGGCGUUCUCCCGAAGGGCCCUUCUCACUCAACACAUAAAAAGCCAUUCAGGAGAGAAACCUUUUCAUUGUAACCAAUGUGGGAAAACCUUCAUGUUAAAGUCGUCUCUAACCCAGCACGCCAAGAUUCACACCGGAGAGAAACCUCAUAAAUGUUCUGAUUGUACGAAGGCCUUCUACAGAAAGCCACAUCUUACUCGACAUUUGAAGAUCCAUAAUGGAGAGAGCCUUUUUAAUUGUAAUGAAUGUGGGAAUACCUUCAAGUGUAAAUCAAGUUUGACCCAGCAUGCGAAAAUUCAUACUGGAGAGAAACUCUCUAAAUGUUCCGAAUGUGGGAAUGCCUUCCACAAAAAAGAAGCAUUUUACCCAAAAAGUGAGAACUCAUUCUGGAGAGAGACUUGUAAUCGAUGUGAGCUCUUCAGACAGAGGGAAAACUUGACUCAACAUCAGAGAAUUCAUACAAGAAAGCAAGCUUAGGAAGGACUUCUGCCCGAUGUGAACAACAAGAUCUAGGACAAGACAUUUUCUCUCAUCGUCAUGAUUUUUCAAACCCUGCAAGAGAGCAAUUAUGGGAAAGAAAACCCAAUUCUGUUGUCUCCAUUAUUUAGGACACCAGGAAUAGGAUGAAACCUUAGAGAAUCAUCAAUUUAGUCCUUCAGAGUUAAGAACAUUUAUUCUAUCAACAAAUACAUGCUGGCGAACAGCCUUAGGAAUAGAAUGAUUGACAAAAGGCUGUCUGCCAGAGCACUGAAGAUUAAUUCUGCAAGCAUUUAUUAAGUGUGCAGUGUUUGUAGUUACUGCAUCUAGAUUUGCCUAAUGCAUGUUAGAUGUCCUCAGGAGUCAGUUUAGUCAUUGAAUUGAUAAGAGAGACACAUGAUAUUUAAUAGUGUUUUCUAUUUCAGUGCAGUGUGCAUAGUUUGCUCUUGUUUGCUUUUAUUUUUCUUUAUAACAAACAACUGAAGGAUUGUAUUGGUCCCUUUUUAGAUGAGAUGUCCAAGCUAGAAUGUGACAGUGUGAGUCUAAAAAAUUGUGUAGGUUCCUGGGGUGAAGGUGAGAUAGCACCACCUCACAUAAAUGGGGUGCAUGAAGAAGAAUUUAUGUAACAAUGGGGGGUGGGAGGAAGUAGCAGGAAACCCUUCAAGUUAACUUUCAUCUGAACUGGUUCAGAGAGGGAAAAAUGCACAUAUACACACAUACAUACAUAGAUGUCCCCCCAUGAGACAGAGAAAAGAGAAGAUCUAUUUAAAAGAUUCUUGAGGAAGGGUAAAAAAAAGAAGCAUAAGAUAGGAAACAGCAAAUGUAGCUGAAUUUGAAUGGAAAUGAUCUCAUUCAUAAAAGAUGAAAACAAUGGAUUAGAAAUCAGAAUAUAACAAUAUGCUGUUUGCAAUAAACACUUCAAACAGAAAGAUUUACACACAGAGUUAAGAUAAGGGGCUGGUCCAGGAACUAUUAUGCUUCAACUGAAGUAUAAAAUAAAAUGCAAAAGCAAAAAUAGACCUAAUUUAAAUAGAUAAUCAGAAGAGAAUAAACACUGGACUCUCUGAGUUCUUCCCCCCAUCUCAAAGGGAAUUUUGAAAGCAUAAGAUAACUGGGAAGUGCUUUAAGAACAAACCUUCUGGAGGCCUGCCCCAUGGAAGUGCAAACCCCUGGAGGUAGGAGUCUGAUGGAGCUUCUUGGGAGGCAGGUGGGUUGGGAAUGAAGCAUUUGGGGCUAAGUGACUUGGCCAGAGUCACCCAGCUAAGAAGUGUUUGGUGCCCUAUUGUCAUCUUGUGUGCAAAAACUUUCACUUGCCCAAUGUGAGGAUCAAACAGCAGAGUGGGGAAGGAUGGAGCACUCUGGGUUGCUGCUGGGUGCCAGACACAGUCCCAGGUUGCACCUGGGGGUGGGGAGUAAGCGCUGGCCAGGUUGAGGGACAGGGAGCAGAGUAUCUGGCUUCCUGUUCCAUUCCAGGGCAGAGGCCUGAAAUUCACGGCCACGAGAUGGAGAUUGGGGAACAAGAGUUUUUGCAGUGAAAAACAAAAAGCACCCUCCCCCCAAAAAAAAGCUUCAAAUGCCCAAAAAAAGUUCUUUAAAGAGCUUUUUAAAAGACCUUAAAAAGUCAAAUGAGAAAGGUUGAGGAAAAAUUGGGAGGGCGUGGGGAGGAAAGAGCAAGACAUGAAAGUCAACCAAUUGAGGAAAAAAUACCAAAAUUUAAGGAAAUAACUCCUCAAAAAGGAGAAUUGGACCAGUGAACUUGCGAUGAAGAGAGCCAUCUGCAUCCAGAAAGAGGACUGAAUGUGGAUCACCACUUAGUAUGUUUUGGUGGUUUGCUUGCCUUUUUUUUCCUUUCUGAUCUGAUUUUUCUUGUGCAGCAUGAUACGUGUGGAGGAAAAUACUGUGCAUGUUUAACAUAUAUUGGAUGUCCUGUCUAGGGGGAGGGAGAAAAAUAUGGAAUAUAAGGUAUUGUAAGAGUAAAUGUUGAAAAUUACCUUUGUGUGUAUUUUGAAAAUAAAAAGCUAUUACUUAAAAAAAAUAGAUUUGAAUAAGGGGAAAUCUAAUGAUGCUGUGACACCAAGAAAUAAAAGCAAAAGAAGGAAAAAAAUAAAA